ACGCAUCAUGGACCGGAUCUAUUUUACUCUACGUCACAGCUCUCUCAAGCAUUAUGUUGAGAUUUGUCACAAGUUAUUGGGGAUGUCGUGUUAGUGUUAUGUUGGGAGGUUUAAUAGCAGCUGCAGGACUAUCUCUUGGUAUGGUAGUCACUGAGUUAUAUCAGGUCUAUUUAACUUACGGGGUUUUAACUGGUAUUGGUUUUGGGUUGGCAUGUUCUCCUUCAAUAGUAGCGGUAGAGAAAUCAUUUUCUAGGGGUAGAGUUAGUGCCCUUAGUGUGGUUGUAGGUGGCGUUGGAGCUGGUAUAAUUACAUUCCCUGUUAUUAUCAGAUAUUUACUAGAAGAGUUUGCGUGGAGAGGAACAUUAUUAAUUCUGGCAGGAAUUGUAUUAAAUCUGUGUGUUUGUGGUGCGUUAAUGAAACCGUCGCCAGAAGAUAAAGAAGUUCGUUUGUUACCUCUGAUGUCAUGUUUACCUCUACGACAUCCUCUAUUUCUGGGACUCUGUAUCGCAAACCUUUUCUGGAGUUUUGGAUCCACAGUAAUUUACAUGUUCUUGCCCUCGUAUGCAAUGUCAACAGAUACUAGUUUUGAGAGUGCCAUCUUCCUUGUGUCAUGUGUUGGAAUGGCAAGCUUCACAAGUCGUAUGAUAUUCGCCUUUAUGGGACAUGACAGUACAUUAGACUCAAUAACUUCCAUUAUAUUUCCUAUUGGAAUAGGAAUCGUAGUCACAGGAAUUUUCCCACUGUUAUUUAAAGACUUUGCAGGUCAAAUCGGAUAUACCUUACUGUUUGGUUUCUAUACUGGGUUUUGGACCACGUUUUUAUCUCAAGUAUCAAGAGAAUUAUUAGGACCUGAGUAUAUAGCAUUAGGAAAUGGAUAUUUAAUGUUCAUGAUAGCUAUAGGAUCUUUGAUGGCUGGUCCAGCUACAGCUAUGCUAGUCCAAGAGGAAGAUGACUUUAAGUAUGCUUUUUACCUGGCAGGAGCAUGUUUAUUAUGGAGUUCAGUGAUAAUGGUACUAUUUAAAUUUAAAAAGUGUAUAGUAAUUGAUAAACCAGAAGUAAAAUCACAGGAGACUAAACAACCGUUAAUAGAAGGAGAGGUUGUACCAGAGAAAGAGAAGAAUAGUCAAUGGUAUGAUGAUGGUAUCUUCGUGGAGGCUGUCAUUACAUCAGUAUAGAAUAGUGGAAUGGUAUGGGAUGAGUGAAGAAUUACCAGGGUAGUAUUGAUAGUGGUGAUUAGUAAGAGUGGUAUAGUAGCUUGUUAGAUCAACUGAUCAUGUGGGAUUUAAGCAAUUUUGUGAUGUCAUGCUCAAAUCUGGAUUAUACAAAUAUUGUUGAGGAAAUAUAUAUUUUGCACAUUUGAACCCAGUUCAAAACAUGAACAUAAGUCCAUUUUAUUUUGGGUGGAAUAAAUACAGCCCCAUCGCCAGGAAUCAAUUGGUGCUGGUGCUUAGAUUUUGUACUCAGAAAAUUUGAAGAAUUAAAGGCUGAGAGAUCUUAUUUCUGACUAUUUGAGGUGUUAAAAACGUACCAAAAUAUAUAUCUUUUUGAUUUUGUACAAAGACACUGUAGAUGAAUCAUUCUCUGCUGAACUGAAGAAUGUUUUGCUGGGGCUUAAUUCUCACUUGCUGGCGCCCAGCCCCCACGAACCUCAGCCUAACGACGGGGCUGAAUAAAUAGAAAUUGAAAAUUGAAAAGUGUUGCUGUCCAUUACUACUUUCACUUCGUGUUCAUGUUUUAAAUUGGGAUCAAUAUGUUCAAAAAUAACUUUGCUAGACUAAACCUCCAUUUUAACCUAAUUGAUAGGUUAGCUGUUACAGCAUCUGGGAUACUUAUUGUUUCUAUUUUGUAUUUAUUUGUAGUUUUUGUAAAUUUUUAUUGAGAAAUCGUGCUUAAAAUAGAGUUUGACAUCACAAUGACUAGCUUUGAAGGGAUGGAAAUGUUUUGAAAAUAAAGUAUUAUAUGUGUAUUG